CUUGGCCUCGCUGCUGGGCACUGCGGAAGCACUGGUGGGGCACAACAAGGGCUCGCAGGUUCUGCAGGGGGCCGUGCGGCUGAGGCUGGGGCCAUGUCAACACUGGCCCCCCUGCGCCUGCUGCGCGAGCCCUGGAACGCCAGUGAGGGCAACCAGAGCAAUGCCACGGCCGGGGCUGGUGGCGCCUGGUGCCAGGGGCUCGACAUCCCCAAUGAGCUCUUCCUUGUGCUGGGGCUGGUGAGCCUGGUGGAGAACCUGCUGGUGGUGGCCGCCAUCCUGAAGAACAGGAACCUGCACUCGCCCACAUACUACUUUAUCUGCUGCCUGGCUGUCUCUGACAUGCUGGUGAGCGUCAGCAACCUGGCGGAGAUGCUCUUCAUGCUGCUGAUGGAGCACGGUGUGCUGGUGAUCCACGCCAGCAUCGUCCGCCACAUGGACAACUUCAUCGACAUGCUCAUCUGCAGCUCCGUUGUGUCUUCCCUCUCCUUCCUGGGGGUCAUCGCUGUGGACCGCUACAUCACCAUCUUCUACGCCCUACGCUACCACAGCAUCAUGACGCUGCAACGGGCCGUGGUGACCAUGGCCAGUGUCUGGCUGGCCAGCACCGUCUCCAGCACCAUCUUCAUCACCUACUACAACAACAACACCAUCCUCCUCUGCCUCAUCAGCUUCUUCCUCUUCAUGCUGGUCCUCAUGCUGGUGCUCUACAUCCACAUGUUCGCCCUGGCCCGCCACCACCUCCACAGCAUCUCCAGCCAGCAGAAGCAGCCCACCGUCUACCGCAGCAGCAGCCUGAAGGGAGCUGUCACACUGACCAUCCUCCUGGGCGUCUUCUUCAUCUGCUGGGGGCCCUUCUUCUUCCACCUCAUCCUCAUCGUCACCUGCCCCACCAACCCCUUCUGCACCUGCUUCUUCAGCUACUUCAACCUCUUCCUCAUCCUCAUCAUCUGCAAUUCCGUGAUCGACCCCCUCAUCUACGCCUUCCGGAGCCAGGAGCUGCGGCGGACGCUGCGGGAGGUGGUGCUGUGCUCCUGGUAGGCAGCGGG